AUGUCCCCGUCAUGCAAAAUCCCUGCCCCACCACUACCUUUACCACUUAGUCACUUUCCAGACAGUGACGUGUCUGACGCUUAUACUAAUGAAACUGCAAAUUUGGUUGCCUCUUUAGACCUAGAGCUUGACACUGUUGAUGAUAUCAAGCCCAACGUCAAACAGGACAUUAAACCGGACAUCAAGCAUGCAAAGAAGAAAGAGAAGUGUAAUUGGAAUGCCGCAAGAUGCGAGGCGCUUAUCGUCACUUAUCAUAGCGCUACUCAAAAUCCGAAUUAUGGUGCAAAGGAUAGCUCGAGCAAUGUUAAAAAUCUGAGGACAGCAGGGUGGAAUCAUAUAUCCAGCACACUUCAAGAAGCGUUCGGUGAUAGACAAUACACGGUUCAAGCUUUAAAAAAUCCUAUGCAAACAGAGAAGAAACUAUUUGUCAAGUAUUAUACUCAUGUUAUGUGUAGUCAUUUACAGGGACUGAGUGGAAUGGGAGAGAUACCUUGUCACAACUAG